GGGUACCAGACUAUAUAAUUCGCAAUUCUCCUACCCUUGGGACAAAAGGGUUCAGACAGAGAAGCAAAGAAGCAGAAUGGUUUCUUUCCAGAAUUUGAUUUUGGCUUUCAGCGCGACAGCUUAUAUAACAGCAGCCUCGCAGCUGCAAUGGACCGAUUGCGGUAGCGAUCCAGGCCUUGUCAUCAGCAGUUUAUCCAUAACGCCGAUGCCCAUGGAGAUACCCGGUUCAAUCAGCCUGUCCGUGAGUGCCCGGACUUCCGUCCCUAUUCCAGAAGACAUGACCAUCAGCCUGAUCAUCAAGCGUCACACCUUUCUUCUCGAUGUUCCACUCCCCUGCUUCUUGCACAUCGGUUCUUGUACCUACGAGAACACGUGCAGCAAGCCGUUGGUGGACACGUUGAUAUCCGAGAACUGGGCCGGCAUCACGGCCGACAUCGGGCAGCAGAUCAAGACGAUGUUGUCCACGUUGCCGGCACUCAACACAACGUGUCCACCUCCAGUGCCAGCCUCCAUCGCAGUCAACAACUACAGCAUCCGCCUGCCGGCCAUCCCAGCCAUUCUCACCUUCAUUGUCGAUGGUGACUACUCAGUUGUGGCGACUGCUCGUGACAAAGCCACUGGCCACACCCUGAUGUGUGUGUUUUUCGAGAUGAGCAUCAAGUAGCAGCGAAUGUAUGGGCUUUCUUUGCAGCAGAUGAAGAGUGGCAUACCCUCCAUCCAUCUUACAUUUUGUAAUAUUAUUGCAAUGGCCAUAGACCUUUUCACGCGAUUUCUCCAGCUACAGAUCCUCGAUUUUCUAUCGCACUUGUAAUGAUGAUCGUGGCAAGAUAAAAUUAAAAAAAAAAAAAAUAAAAACAUUCUAUG